AACAAUAACUCGAACAAUAUAUUUUAUUUAAAUUGUGUGCUUAAGAAAUGGCCGACGAUGGUGAAAACUCAGUGGACAAUCGAGCAACAGAUGAUAGCAAACCAGAGAAAAUGUUCACGCUGAAGAAAUGGAAUGCAGUCGCAAUGUGGAGCUGGGAUGUCGAAUGCGAUAUUUGCGCUAUUUGCCGCGUCCAAGUAAUGGAUUCGUGUUUGCGUUGCCAGGCGGAGAACAAGCGGGAUGUGUUGGGUCGCCAGGAUUGCGUUGUUGUUUGGGGCGAGUGCAAUCACUCCUUUCAUCACUGCUGCAUGUCCUUGUGGGUGAAGCAGAACAAUCGCUGUCCCCUCUGCCAGCAGGAGUGGUCCAUUCAGCGCAUGGGAAAAUAAACUACGGCAAUUCUCACAGUAAAAGGACCGCAGCCUCAAUAAAAUAGCCUUUGUUUUAGCUUAAGCGGAAAAUAAAUGAAAAUAACAAAUAUUUAAUAUAAA